AUGGAGCGCACCUUUGCCCAGCAGGAUGACUUGCGCACGCAGGAUCAGCUGCUCGAUCAGCUGCACGCCUCCGUGAUGAACACGCGACACUACGCCAUUCAGAUCGGGAACGACCUCGGCGAACAGGACGACAUGCUGGACCGUCUGCACGGCAAUGUGACCCGCACAGCAGAUGAGAGCCGGCGGCAGAACCAGAACGUCGUCCAACUGCUCAGGGAGAGCGAGAAUCGUGGGUUCUACUCCGUCGUGGUGCUCCUAGUCGUCAUCAUCAUACUACUGCUGGCCAUUUGA